GUGCCAAUGCUCUCUCGUGUGCAGGUCUGCUCUCGGGCGCUCCGGUCGGCCUCCCAGUCUUCCUCGCGCCCAGUGCGCGCAGGACGCAGAAUAUGCACCACCGCCGUGCGUCGUGCGGAGGACGCGCCUCCGCCCGUGCAGAAUGAGCCUGCCAUUGUCGACUCGGAGCCCCCAGAGGCGGUUGCCGAGGCACCACGGGAGUUACCCAAGGACGACGACGGAGAGCAGCACAUCCCGAGGACGUAUAAGGAGUUUAUGCAGACGGUCGGCCAGAAAUACCGCGACGUCGACAUCAACAAGAAGAACAACUGGCUGAGCGCGGACAGGCUUUCCCCCUUCCCUAUGAACCCCUCAUUCCGUCCGCCGCCGCCAAUCUCCGACGCGAAGAAGGAGCUCAUGUGGACUCUCUUCCAGCAAGACCCCGACGCCAACAGCCAGCUGAAUCUUUCGCGGAAGUUCGGUGUCAGUCUGAAGCGCGUGGAUGCUAUCCUCAGGUUGAAGGGGCUCGAGCAUGACCUGAAGUCGCAAGAGAAGGAGACUGGCGACAAGGUUCAGACACCUCUCGUGCAGACCGGUUUCCAGAAAGGCAUGGAGGUGCUGCUGGGUUCGGAGCAGGCACAGAUCAACGCGAACAAGUACGCGUUGCAGAGCCAACCAGACCCGACGUACUACAACCAGAGCGAGGCCGAUCAGCUCGAGUUGGAGGAGAACCGUGACGCACAACGGCAACGUUACGUGCGCAUGUACUGGGAGUCUAUCCCCGAGGAUGGAAGGGAACCCGUCGUUCCCGCCGCCCUCAAGCACGCCCAGGAGGACGCCAUCCGGCACUCCCGGAACGCCGAGCGCGCAAAGGAGAAGCUCGUCCCCAAGAUCCCCGAGACCUUCGAGCUUCGCCGGCCCGAGAAGGUGCAGGUCAUCCAGGCGCGCGAGAAGGCGCCCCUCGAGUUCAAGGACGUCGGGGCCAAGUUCCUCGACGUCGAGCGCGAGCUCCAGCGCCUCAAGACGAGCCAGACGAAGCGGAGGAAGCGCGCGAGCGUCGCGCAGGCGGUCAACACGGCUGUCCCGCCACGGGCGAACCUGUCGUAGUCUGCUCGACGUUGAUCUAUACUACUUAUACUUGCUGUGCACCUUGUCCAUGGUUAAUGGGAUGCUGUCGUUCUCUCGACUCAUGCGCGUUUGAAAUGGGAUCAUACCUGUGGAGCGUCCA